AUGCCACACCAGUCCUGCCACUCUGCUCCUCUCACACCACACUCCCUCUACAGGACAUCACACCACACCAGUCCUGCCACUCUGCUCCUCUCACACCACACUCCCUCUACAGGACAUCACACCACACCAGUCCUGCCACUCUGCUCCUCUCAUAACACACUCCCUCUACAGGACACACAUGCCACACCAGUCCUGCCACUCUGCUCCUCUCACACCACACUCCCUCUACAGGACAUCACACCACACCAGUCCUGCCACACUGCUCCUCUCACACCACACUCCCUCUACAGGACAUCAGACAACACCAGUCCUGCCACACUGCUCCUCUCACACCAAACUCCCUCUACAGGACAUCACACCACACCAGUCCUGCCACACUGCUCCUCUCACAACACACUCCCUCUACAGGACAUCAGACCACACCAGUCCUGCCACUCUGCUGCUCUCACGACACACUCCCUCUACAGGACAUCACACCACACCAGUCCUGCCACUCUGCUCCUCUCACACCACCCUCCCUCCACAGGACAUCAGACCACACCAGUCCUGCCGCUCUGCUCCUCUCACACCACACUCCCUCUACAGGGCAUCAGACCACACCAGUCCUGCCACUCUGCUCCUCUCAUAACACACUCCCUCCACAGGACAUCAGACCACACCAGUCCUGCCACUCUGCUCCUCUCACGACACACUCCCUCUACAGGACAUCAGACCACACCAGUCCUGCCGCUCUGCUCUCAUAACACACUCCCUCUACAGGACACACAUGCCACACCAGUCCUGCCUCUCUGCUCCUCUCACACCACACUCCCUCUACAGGACAUCACACCACACCAGUCCUGCCACUCUGCUCCUCUCACACCACUCUCCCUCUACAGGACACACAUGCCACACCAGUCCUGCCAUUCUGCUCCUCUCACGACACACUCCCUCUACAGGACAUCAGACCACACCAGUCCUGCCACUCUGCUCCUCUCAUAA